AUGCGGGAAAUAGUUCACCUUCAAGCUGGUCAAUGUGGGAACCAGAUUGGUGCCAAGUUUUGGGAAGUUAUUUCUGACGAACAUGGUAUCGACCCAACUGGCACUUAUCAUGGUGAUUCCGAUCUACAACUGGAACGAAUCAAUGUGUAUUACAACGAAGCAACCGGUGGUAAAUAUGUCCCGCGAGCCAUUCUCGUCGACUUGGAACCUGGUACUAUGGAUAGCGUACGAGCCGGUCCUUUCGUGCAA